UGUUUUCGAAAUCCCCUUCGGUUAACCACAGACGCCAUAUUUGAUCAGCGAUAGGUAUGGCGUAGAAUUGAGGAUGUUUUGAUUAUCGUAUGAGUAAUCAAUCUUGCUAAUUAGAUUAAUUAUAGAACAUAACAGUUUCAGAUAAUUUGAGAGAAAAAGAUUUGAAGUUGGGAUCCAUGAUAUGGAUCGUGAUUGAGAAUGAACCGUGAGGUGCCCGGAGUGAUUUCCAAUGUAUAUAACAGCGAAUCGCCUCGCUCGAGCACAGCAGAUUCGUCAUCUGACAGUGAGAACGCAAGCUCAUCAGAAAAAGAAUUCUCUGUUCAAGGGACUAAUUUUAAUCAAGGACAGUUAAAGCUUACCAUCUCAGCUAAACAGAAAAGCUCAUCUUCAUCAUCUGUAGGGUAUGAUGAAGAACUGGGCUCCAGACUGAAGGAAGUGGACAGUGUUUUUGUUGACACAGGGCAAUCAUGUAGAACCAACCCAGAGCAGUAUGUAAGAAAAUCGUCAAAGAUGGACCUGAAUACAGCUGAUUGCCACCAAGACACAAAAGAAUCUAAAUUUGAUGCUUCAGGAUCCAGUAGAAAUCAUGAGGAAAAUUCAUCAGAAGGAUUUCAGAACACAUUCCACCAGUUUUUACAGUCUUCAAACUCAAAUGAAGGUAUUCAAUUGUCAGAGGAAGGCAGGACAUCAAAAAAUAAAAAUGUGCAAGGAAGUAAAGAAAAACUGUCCAGUAGUUGCUAUGUUCUGUUGGAUAAAGAUAGCUCUCCAAUGAAAAGGCAUUACAAAAAGUUUGCAUCAAAGACGGAUGCAAGACAUGCUGUUGGAAACUUUGACAAAAUCCGAGAGAAAACUAAAUCUUUGGCAUCAAAAAAGAGGAAAAUCAGUCUUUUUAACAAAGAAAAGGAGGAUGACAUUUCUCAAAGUGAACAAGAACAGAAUGAAAUGUGCAUUUCUGAAUCUGCUGGUCAAGAUUCGCAUGACAAUAUAUUCGAGAAAAUGAACAAUGCUCUGAGCAACAUAUCAUCUGAAGGGGAAAAUAAAUUACAAAAGAAAAGAAAAACACCAAAGACAAGUAAAUCAAAACUAAGUAUUCAAAAUAGUGAUCUAGAAAAGGAAAGUGAAAGUCCAUGUGAAAUAAAUGCAUCAAGACUGGCUGCAGAUGUGGCUGGAAAUGAGUUCAUUUUCAGGAACACAAGAAGUGGGGAUGAAUCUGAUGCCAUGUCAGAUCGCACACGUCCAGGAAGUGUUCAUGACCAGCAAGAAAGCUUUGCUAGGUUGGACAACAUGCAGUCAAAUGUGUCACCAGACAGUGGUAUAUCUCUAGCAGAUUCACCAGUCGGAAAUGAAUCUCCAGGAUCGGGAACAUUGUCCGAUAUUGCAUGUGUUAGUUCAAAAGUCAGUGUAGGUGGAUAUACUUGUGAUCCUUGUUAUGUUCAAACAAGUGAAAAAAAUAAUUCUGCUGAAACAACUUCUUGUGGCUUGACAACUGCAUAUGAAAUAGGUGAUACUGUGAAUGAUGAAGCUGCGGUCAAUUCACAGAAAUCCUACAGUAAGCAUGAUAAAGAGCUUGAAAUGGACCCUUUGCACUGUGAUAGUUUAGUUGUGAAUACGAACUUGGGUGAUAAUAUUCUAGGUUGUUGCAGUAGUAGCGAUACAUCUUCACAUUCGCCUUCGCCAAAGAAGAAAAGUGUGGGCCGUGUACCAAAAAGAGCUGAAUUUUUGCGACGCCACAAGAGUAGUACAUUGCUGACUACGGGUAAAAUGCCAGUUCAAAUUGAUGACACAAAUAAUAAAGAUGACAAACCAUUUUCAGUGCCAUUAAUACCUGGUCCUUCUUUGCAAGAGAGACUAGCAGAAUGUCCAGACAGAGUUCUGUCAGAAGGUGAACAACAAAAGUCAAAGAAAAGGAAAUACAUUCGCCGUAAACAACCUAAUGAUAAAGUUCUUCAGAAAGCAUUUGAUGUAUAUGAGUUCCAUGAGGGAGACAAACCAAUCAAAAAGCGAAGUGUUGGGCGUCCUCCAGGUCGGGGGAGAGGAAAGAUCUCGGCAAGUGGAAGGGGGCCUGGUCGACCACCAGGAAAGUUAAAAAGAGGUCCUGGAAGGCCACCUAAAGUAGUUACCUCACAUGUUGUAAAGAGAGGACCAGGGCGACCCAAAGGCUCCCUAAACAAAAAAACAAUACUAGCAAGAGCUGGCGCAGUGUUUUCUAGUUGUGUAAAUACCUCUCAAAGUUCAUCCAUUGCUCUUCAUACCAAUAAAAAUGACUCUACAAGGGAAGAAUCAGACUUGGUUCUUCCCGACAAUAUUUUGGACAAUUUAUCUCAAAUUGAUGCCAACUCAGACUUAAUUAACCUUUCAGAUAUCUCACCAUCCAAAUCAUCCGAGUCAUCACUUUCUGAGGCUCAAAACAAUUAUCUGCAAAACUUAUCUGAUAUUUCUCCAGCUAAAUCAACAUCCAGUGUGGACAGUUCUACAUUUUCUUUUAAACCCCCCAUUGUUCAAAUGCAUGCAACAUCUCCAAUUCCUGAACAAAAACCUCCAGAGAAGCGAAAAGUGGGAAGACCAAGAAAACGGCCAUUGAAACCUUUGGAUUCUGAGGAUUCUGAUAGACCUGUAAAUGUCCCAAAUUUAUUGUAUGAAGGUAAAGAGACGGAAGAUAGAGAACUUGUGUCCAUUAUUGAAAGUGUACAGAGCUCUAUUUCUUCACAGUUUCAGAACCCAAGCAUAUCAACUCUGGAUGAAAUGCCAGAGAGUUCCAUUGAAGAUGAACUUAAUUCCAUUGAACCCUCUUUUGAUCCUGUGCCUUCUGUUCAUCAUGAGCAUAGUAGUGGGUUGAAAUUGAAACAGGGUCCAAAGAUUCGUAAACCAAAACUGCAUGUUAUGAUGCGAAAACAUGGCAACUUGAAAAGCAAAAGAGGCCGGAAGAAGAAGUACACUGUCACCCCCACAGAGUCGUUGGGGUCUAAGUUUACAAGCAAGUAUGGUGCUUUCUCAUCCAAGUUUAGAUUACUGAGUCCCAGGUCAUUUGGGUUUACAAGUAAACCUAAUGUUUUGACACCCAGUAUUCUUGAUUCGGAUCCAGAGGAUGACAUGGGGAAUAAAAAUUUUCUACAUAGGAUGAAACAGCAACAGAAACAGAAGAAGAGAAAAGAAAAGUUGAUUAACUUUCGAUCCAAACACAGAAACAUUGUUGACCCUCGAUUUUUGACGGAUAUGGAAUAUGUGAUUGAUAACUUUCAUCUUUUGGCCAUUUCUCGACCAGAGGAAACCUUCAUAAGAGUGAAACCAGGAGAAGUUCCAUUACCAAGUAUCUUCAAGCUUACCAAGAUCAAUGUGAAACCAAAGAAAAAGGAUACGAGGCACCCUUUUGAAAUUGAGAAAGUGAAACGGUUAAAAACUUCACGCAGGGAUUUUGCUUUUCAGAUAAUGGAGAAAAAGUCCAAAAUGAAGUCAUUUCAUAGGAAAAUGUUCAGUCUGAAAGAAAAGAAGUUCUCAGCCCCAUGGGAUUAUUCUGAUGACAACCUAGAUUUGCAGCAGUAUGUUCCAAAUGUUCCCCCAAAGAAGAGACACAAGUUUUUGUCAGAUAUUCCUCCAACAACAAGAACUGUGUCUGAUGAGGGAAAGGAGUCAAUGCAGCAGCCAGAAAAACGUAAACCAGGGCGGCCCAGAAAGAAUCCAGUAUUAAAAUUAAGCUUGGAAAGUAGAGACAGUGAAGCAACACCAAGGAACAUGCCAGUAUCAUCUUCAUGUCUCAGAAAUUCCUCCUCAAAUGAUGUUACCAAAGAUGUUAGAGAAAGUAAUAUGAACCCUCAGGGAUUAAUUAAUUCAUGUGAGUCUCUUAGAAUUCCAUUGGCUACAGACAAAUCCUGUAAGAAUAACUUGGUUGUGUCAACAGAUUCAAAUUUGAAUGGAUUUCAGGUUAAUUCUAUAAGUGUUCAAACUGAUUCAGAAUUGUCUUGUGUGGAUUGCAUUCAGUUGCAGUGUGGUUCAAAAUUAGCUCAUCGUAAAAGAGGGCGUAAGCCUGGCAGUUCUUUGUCAAAAGACACAUGUAAGGUGGCUAUAGGACAGUUCUCUAAGUCCUUUGCAACAAAAAUCAAAGAAAAACUCCUCAGAGGUAGAAAAAAGAAACGGAAAGUGGGGCGUCCCCGUUUAAGACCAUUGGAAGACGAUCCAAAAGUGGAGAAAAUUGUCCACAGAAAGAAAUCUCACUCACGACUGUCCCCCAGCAAACUUAAUCCACAACCUGUGGAAGAGGACCUUGUGUGCAAUAAUGUGACUGCUGAUAGAGACAGUGUUAUUAAUACCAUUGAGUCUGUGAUACGAAAUGUGUGCUCAGAAUAUGAACCUCUGCCAUCAAAAGAACAGAAAAAUAGCUCCGUUUCUUACUUGGAUAGUGAUGACGAGGACUAUGUGCCAUCCAAACGUUACAAAAAAAGGAAUUACUUGAAGACUAAGCUUCCUAGUACGUCCACUGAGGCCUCUGAUUCUGACAUCAGCAGCAAGAGAGAUGGGACAGGAUAUCCAAAGAAAAAAUAUCAGAAGGCUGGUCUCUUCUCCGACACUUACAAGGAAGACCCAGACACAAGGAAGACUCACUCCAGUGGCAGCACAGGCAAAAGUCGUGAAAAGGUGGUGUAUAAAAAACAGGGUAGUCUAAUGCCAGCACCCAUCCAUGUGGGCAAACACCUCAGAGAACGUCAGUGUGACUUUCUGCUGUCGUACGAUAUCUGGUGGCAACUGAACAAUGAUCUGUUACCAAAGAGAGAGGGUCAUGAAGAAAAGUAUAGAAAGAUCAGAAAUAAUAUCCAUGUUGAUGUCAAGCCAAUUUGUGAUGAAGCACAUCCAUGUACCUGUAAGCGACCUUAUGACCCAGAGGUGAAAGGUUGUGGUGAGGAAUGUCUGAACAGAAUGAUGUAUACGGAGUGUGACAUUAGUACCUGCCCUUGUCAGGAUCAAUGUCUUAAUCAGCGCUUCCAGAAACAUGAAUGGGUAUCAGACUUAGAAGUCAUAGUCACAAAGGAUAGAGGAUAUGGAGUCAAAACUUCAGAAUCUAUAUCAAGUGGUCAGUUUAUACUGGAGUACCUGGGUGAGGUUGUGAGUGAGGUGGAGUUUAGGAGGAGGAUGACAGAGGAGUACUCCCAGGAGCGUCACCACUACUGCCUGAACCUGGACAGUGGGGCCGUCAUUGACGGCUACAGGAUGGGAAACAUUGGACGAUACGUUAACCAUUCAUGUGAACCCAACUGUGAGAUGCAGAAAUGGAAUGUAAAUGGGGUGUACAGAAUGGGUCUGUUUGCUUUGAAGGACAUUUCACCCAACAUAGAACUCACCUAUGACUAUAACUUCCACUCCUUCAAUGUAGAUGCUCAGCAACUGUGUCAGUGUGGAAGUGAGAAUUGUCGAGGAGUGAUAGGCGGUAAGACCCAGAGAGUGAAUGGUCAAGUGAAAUCCAAAGGUCCAGGCAGACCACCCAAGGAUAAACGCAAGUCCAAGAACCGACUGAAGAAAUACAAGGAAAAGAAGUCUGCAAAAGACAGCAGUGCCUCCUCCACAUUGUCCACAAUGAAGCCUAUGUCACAAAAGGAACGCCACUUUGCCAGAUCUCAUGCCAUCUUCCUCUUGCGGAAUAUUGAUAAACAGAGACACAUCAGCCGUAAAGCACCAGAAAAGCUGGACAAGGAGGAAGAAUAUAUGAAAGCCACAGGGUAUACCAAAAAAGAUGUCUUUAUGUCUCAACUGACUGCCCUUAAAACAUCUAGAUCUGUAAAAACAAGACGACUUGCCUUGGCAGAAGAAAACACCGAGGUGACACAGACUGCUAGACUUGCCCAAGUUUUUAACAAUGUCUGUCGGCAAGUCAUGGAAUACAAAGAUAAGGAAGAAAGAGACCCUGUUUCUACUUUUGCACUGCCAUCAAAGAAGAAACACCCAGAAUAUUACACAGUCAUUGAACACCCCAUAGAUUUCCACAUCAUUGAGAAAAAUAUCUUAUCAGGGACAUACGCAGAUCUGGAAGCCUUUGAUAAAGACAUGAAUACUUUGUUUAAGAAUGCAGAGAGGUACAGUGGUCGGUCCUCGUGGAUGGGUCAGCUGGUGGCAGAGCUCCGUAAGGUGUACGUCACGGCCAAAGCCGAGGCUUCCCCCAUACUGGAAGACAUUCUGGGAGAAGGAAGUCUUCAGUCCAUGGAGAAGGAAACCACAGAGACAGAAACCAUAGAAGGACAUGAAGAGGAAGAAGAAGAAGUAAUUCGAUGCGUUUGUGGAAUUUUUCGAGAUGAGGGUCUGAUGAUCCAGUGUGAAAAGUGCUUUAUCUGGCAGCAUUGUGACUGUAUGAAGGUCAAGGGAGAGGUGGAGAACUAUCUGUGUGAGCUUUGUCAGCCCAGAUCUGUUGAAAAAGAGAUACUGGCUGACCCUCAACCGGAUGAUGCUACAGAUGGCUGGACGUAUUACAUGACUCUGAUGAGGGAUGACAUCCAGAUUCGUGUAGGAGACUGUGUGUAUGUGUUACGAGAGGUGCCCAAACCAGAGGACCGCAUUCCUAUUGAUUCUGUCAAAACUUCAUACAGAGUCAUCUCCGAGAUAGGACAGGAUAAGCUUGAUAUCUUCCGCAUUGAACGUUUGUGGAAAGAUGAAAAUGGUAGAAACUUUGCCUUUGGUCAUAACUACUACAGACCUCAUGAGACAUUCCAUGAACCGUCCAGAAAAUUCUUUCCCAAUGAGGUGUUCAGAAUGCCUAUUUAUGAAAUCAUCCCUUUUGAUGCCAUUGUUGGGAGCAGUUGUGUGAUGGAUUUGAAUACUUUCUGUAAGGGACGUCCCAAAGGAACCCGUGAACAGGAUAUUUUUAUCUGUGAAUACAGAAUGGACAAAACUGCUCAUCUCUUCUAUAAAAUAUCUAAACACCCGUAUGUCAUCAAUACAAAGUCCUACUGUUUUGACAAGUAUGAGAAGAGACUGAAUCCAAAAAGGACAUACUCUCCCCACGAAGUACCAGAGCAAUACAGACGUAAGACUUCGUGGGAGGAGCGUUCACAAUCGGAGAUUCCCAAACGCAAGAAAACAAUAAAGGAGCAUUUACAAGACAGUGCUAAAACAGAAGAACAGAGAGAAAUGAUGGUCAAAAUAGAGGAGGAGAAGAAAAAAGAAAAAACAGAACACAUAAAUGCUAUUGCAUUGAAACUUCUGGAUCAAGCCCCAAAGAAACAAAGGUUGGAUGUGUCAUAUCUCCUGGACAAGAAACGACAACAGAAAAAAACACAUGUUCUGGAUGUCUGAACAGCUGUGCCAAAGAAACUAACACUGCUGUAAAAACUGAGGUACUCCACCGAACAGUUCUAAAUAGCCCUAAAUACCAGAGAGUGGGAGAAAAAAGUAGGCCACAAAAUGGAUUCUUCUAAUAUUUACUUAUUCUGCUGACUCAAAAACUGAUUUGUUGAUAAAGGUGCUGUGGGUCUACUUGGUAAUAAAAGUGGUAGACUUUAAAUGCUUUAUGCCAUUAUAUUGCCAUUUGAACUGAGGGCUGCCUUGAGAGGGGGGGGUGUAUAUGAAUAUUAUGAAUUUAAAUAUCAUCAGUUGUGUUUUCUAGGUUUACAGACAAUUUACUGUAUUUACAAUAGUAGUGUUGUGAAGAAAAAAAUCUGAUCUACUUGUAAUAAAAGAAAUGUCUAAAAGCAGAAAAUUCUCUUUAAUACAAUUU